CUUCAGGUUGAAGAAGUUCAUUUGUUGUAAAAGGUUGGUUACAUAUGAUUAUGAUUUCAUCUGAUGAAAAUUAAUUAAAGCAGACAGUGACUAAUAAAAUUCGGCUGUGCUUCCAAUUUUUGGAAAAGUAAGAUUUGUUUUACAUUUUUUAUAUUUAAUCUAAAUAAUUUUUUAUAUGGACAAUUUUUUGUCUUAUUUCAAAAAAAUGCCUCUUUUUCAUGAUAACUAUGUUGUUAAAAUUACAAAUCAAUAACAAAGUUUGUGGUAAUAAAACAAAACAAUAUACUAUCAGUCAAAAAUAUGUAGAUUUGACACUUUAUUAUAUUUUCCUAUAUAUAGUUAUAAAAUUAUUUUAUUUUAUUGUAUCAGUCAUAUGCUCACUUUGAUUAAUGUGAAAAUAUAAUAUUCAUAGUGAAUAUUGAAGGUUAUUAUUCCAUAGUUGAAGUUUACUGCUACGAGCGCUAGCGAUAGGAAUAAAUCUCCGAGUGAAUAAUUACUCAUUAUAUGCGAGUGGAAAACUAUACCUUAUCCACGACUACUAAAUAUUUUUCUUCAAGUUUUUUGUUGGAAAAUUGUGUUACAUUAUUAGAAACACUAAUAUUUUUUUCUAACAAAUAUUUCAUACAUAUUAUUGUUCAUUUAUACACAUUACAUAUAUUAAUCUUACCAGAUGAUGGAAUCUAUUUAUAAUUAUCAAUAAUUCCUUUUGUCAGUUUAAAAAAAUACACACACAGUUCAUACUUUCCUUGAUUUUUCCUUGAAUAAAUUUAUUGAGUUAACUUCAGCAGCUUUUCUAAUUUCUAGUGGUGUAAAAGUCAUUUUCUAUGCCCAUUUUUAGCUCUUUAUUCUAACACAAAAUAUCAAAGCCCUGAGGUAUCUACAUAUACAAACAUUCAUGUUGACAGGUUUGAGUCAAAUUUCUUUUGUUUCAAAAGCUACUUCAAGUUAUAAAUUGUUCCAAAAAUCAAGGUACAUUAAGAAACUGAUAUACAACAAUCACAUUUAUGUCGCCCUGUGUUAAUGCUCCAUGCCUUCAAACUGGAGGAAUCUGGUCUAAGAAAGUUCACUUUUUUAUAAAUAUACAGAAAAUAUUUAGUAGUAUAUAACAUGAUAUAAUUUCAAAAACCGAUUUUUUGUGACAAAAAAAUAUAAUAUAGCUAAAUCAAGGAUCUGACAGCAGUGAUUAAUGGGUAUUAUUAAGGUGGAGCAAACAGACUUAUAAAAGUCACAUUAAACAACAGUCCCGAAUAAAGACCUUUUAACAAUAACAUCAAUGCACACCAAUUUACUAGUUCAAAGGAUUUUGUUUAAUUAAAUGUCAAAUGUCUGACAUAAAAUUGCAUUCACUGUUUACAUUAAUUAUAUAAAUUACUUAACAUUAAUUCAAUUUCAUUUUUUAACGAUUCUUUUUUUUUACUCAUUUUUAAAGUUUCAUUAAAUCAAUUGUUCGACACUUUUACAAAAGGACUAGUCAUCUAAUGUAAUUUAUUUCAGGAAAAAUAGAAGUAAUUAAAUAAAAAUGGAGAUAUAUUUAAAUCCAGAAGAACAAAUCAUGUGCCCUUAUAACAGUGCUCAUUUUAUAAGGAGGAAAGUCAUGAACACUCAUCUCGUGAAAUGCAAAAAAAAUUACCCUGAAGCUAAAUUAGUUGAAUGUGAUUUUAAUGUUACUCACAAAAUACCAGAACCUGAAUUGCAGUAUCAUCAUGAUAACUGUCCAGAUAGAAAGAAAAUAGAAGUUACAAUUUACCAAGAAGAUAAAACCAAUUUGAAUAAGUUUCCAAUUCAUAACAUACAUAUAUCACCAGAAGAUAAUUGGGAUACUGAAAAUGUAGAUACCUAUAAACCUGAUAUAUAUUGCGAAACUAGGGAAGUUUUGCGUCAUAUAGAUGUACAAUCAGCUGCAAAGAGACGUAAUUUUCGUUUAGGAGAGAGGCAAAGGGUUUCUGAAGUACAAAAAGAGAGGGCAAACAAAAAAGUUGUUAAUCAAUCUCGACCUAUAAGGAAUGCAGCUUUAAGUUCUUUUUCAGGAAAGGAGUUACCAGCAACCGAACGUACUAGAACAUUGGAAGAAGCUACUCCAGAUUCGAUUGGAGAAAUUGUUCAAAGAAUUCGAAUAGGGGCAAACCAGUCAUUUAUUCCUAAAAAUAAAUAAUUCAUAUUCAUUUUUGUAACGUCAUUUUUAAUUUUAUAACUCUACUUUAAGUAUUAACUACUUAUACGAAAUCAGAGGAUAUUUGAAUUUCAGUUUUAUGUUAAUUCAGGAUUUUGUUAUGGAAUAUACGUUUUCUGUUUGAAACUAAUUUGGUAACAUUCACUUACAUUUAAAUUUUUAAUCAUAAUUUUUUAAAUUAGUAUACUUUUAUAUAAGAUAAAAAUGUUUUAAGACAAUUAAACAGCUUUUUUAUUGAGAAUUCAAAA